GGAGGGUUUUAUUUCACCGCAGAUGCGCAGAGCCUUUGUUAUCGGAGAGUCUUUUCUAUAUCCUCUGUCGUCUCUUCGCCCUAGAUUUUCUCGAUUCCUUUUCGUCUCGUCUCUCUAGUUCGCCGCCGUUCAUCUUCUGCUUCUCCAAAAUGGCCAACGCCGCAUCAGGGAUGGCUGUGCAUGAUGACUGUAAGCUAAAGUUUUUGGAAUUGAAAGCGAAAAGAACUUACCGCUUCAUAGUUUACAAGAUAGAGGAGAAGCAAAAGCAGGUUGUGGUGGAAAAAGUGGGGGAGCCCGCUCAAAAUUAUGAGGAUUUCACUGCAAGCCUUCCUGCUGAUGAGUGCCGAUAUGCAGUCUUUGAUUUUGACUUUGUAACUUCUGAGAAUGUUCAGAAAAGCAAGAUUUUCUUCAUCGCCUGGUGUCCUGAUACUUCAAGGGUGAGAAGUAAGAUGAUUUAUGCAAGUUCCAAGGACAGAUUCAAGAGAGAGCUAGAUGGGAUUCAGGUGGAGUUGCAGGCAACCGAUCCUACUGAGAUGGGCCUUGAUGUUAUUAGAAGCCGUGCCAGCUAAGUAUGCAUAGUAGACCUUGCCAUGGAGAUUUUCUCCAUACAGUCUGCUUUGCUCAAUUGAAAUGUUUAUAGUUUGUGAGGCGGUGAAUCUGGCUAGAUGUGACAUCUGCUUGUUCUUCAAGAUUUACCGCACAGUUCAUGUCUUCUUCUAGAACAACAUCAAUGAUUUCGAGUAUAUCUUGUGAUUUGUUAUUUGUGGAACCUAUAGAGUGUAAUCUUGUAGCCUGAUGUCUACAAGCUAAUGAUAUGUAACAGUUUAUGUACACCUUUAGUUUGGUUUUACUACUUUGAAAUGGAUGCUUGACCCUUGUUAUCUUUAUUGGGAUUGUAGGAAAGGCAAGCUGCUCUGCUUUUCGGAUAAUCAUAUAUUUUUUCUUAAAUGGUUGCAUUUAAUUUUUUUUUUUUGUUUGACUA